GACUCGUAAGCCCAAUUAUCAGUUUGUCUUGAAAUUUCUCAAAAUUCUCGAUACCCUACUCAAAAUAGAAGCCAGCCAUGUGUUCCCUGUCUAAGAGUACAACUACAAGCAGUUGUAGUGAUGAUGAUGCUGCAGGUGGUGAGCUCAGGAGAGGUCCCUGGACUGUUGAAGAAGAUUCUCUUCUUGUUCAUUACAUUGCUGCUCAUGGUGAAGGCCGAUGGAACUUGCUAGCGAAACGUUCAGGAUUGAAUAGAACUGGCAAGAGUUGUAGAUUGAGAUGGCUCAACUAUCUUAAACCGGAUGUUAAACGAGGAAAUCUUAGUCCAGAGGAACAGCUCUUGAUUCUUGAGCUUCAUUCCAAGUGGGGCAACAGGUGGUCAAAGAUUGCACAACAUCUUCCGGGAAGAACAGAUAAUGAAAUCAAGAACUACUGGAGAACAAGAGUACAAAAGCAGGCCCGCCAUCUGAAGAUAGACUCCAACAGCAGUGAGUUUCAAGAACUAGUUCGCCGUGUCUGGAUUCCUCGGUUGCUUCAAAAGGUACAAGGAAAUAUCGCAUAUUGGGACUCAUCAGAACAUGACAAUUUAGCUGAAAUUCAGGCAGCAGUUAGCAGUUCACUGGCAGCAAAACAACCGCAACAGUUACCAUACAGUUUUCCGGAUAAUCAUCAGAGAAACAUGAUUAGCAGCAGCCCAUCAAGCAUGUCUUCAUCAGAAUCCACGAAUAUCUCUCCAGUCCCUCAAUUUUCCGAAUACAUAGAAAAUCCCUUUUAUGACAUGGCUCCCAACAAUUCCUAUGGUCAUUCUCAAAAUGAAUGUUACAAUGUUGACAGCACUAGUUAUCAAGAUAUGGAAAAUUUGAGCUCAGCAGCACCUGUUACAGCGAUGGGCGGCUCUACAGGGCCAGCUGGUGAUAACUACUGUGCACAAAACAAUUGGCUGAGUGAUGAUCUGGGAUGUUGCUUGUGGAAUAUGGAUGAUCUCUGGCAAUUGAAGCAAUCGCAAGAAAGAUGCACUCAGAUUUGAUCGUGAAAUAAUCCCAGUAAAGCAAAUUUGUCGUUUAUAGGGAUGAUUAGAUAUUUUUUAAGCAGAGUGAUAUUUUUCUUUACGCAACAUACAAGAUGAGGACGAUUAAAUGUAGAAUACAGAUUUAGACAGAAAGACUUCACUGAUGAUUUGGAGAUUCC